AUGGCUUGGAAUGGCGACCACUCAUUGCGGCCGGCUGAGGUCUUCACGGUGAUCCACGCGACGCCGGCCAUGCACCAGGAGGCGGCGCUCCUCGGCUCCAACGCCGUGGUCGCCUGGCUCGACCGCGACCUCAAGGCCACCACGCAAGAAAUCGCCGAUGCCAUCGUCCUCGAGCUGGGCAUGCUGGCGGAGGACGUCUGCGUCGUCAAGCACUUCCCUGAGGCCUUCCUCGUCCGUUUCUUCCAUCAGCACCACUGUGCGGACGCGGCCGGGCGUAGAGACCUGAAGUUCAGGGACACCAGGCUGCAGAUGCGUCCUUGGCGCCUCGAGGCGCACUCGGAACACGUGGACCUCGUCCACCACGUCCGUCUCUGCCUGGACGGGCUGCCUCUCCAAGCGUGGGAUGAUUUCGCCGUCGCGCAGGCCAUCGGUCCGGGCUGCUCCAUCGACUACAUCGAGACGGCGUCCAAGCUCAAGACGAAUACUGAGGUCCUGGGGGUGUGGGCGUGGACGGCGUCGCCUGCAAAUGUGCCGCGGGUGAACUGGGUGACCCUGCCGGCGCGCGCGGGAGGUCAGCCGAUCGUCGGUCGUCGCGGUCUGGAGCGAAGGGUGAUCAUCCACCUUUCCAUUCAUGAAGAUCCCACUCAGGGCCCAAGGAUAGUGUCAAAGGGGUACACCUACCAGAAGGGGGUCAUCGACGGUGAGCGGCAGGCACGCGAUCCCCGCGAGCGCAUCUCUCGCCCUGUCGAGCGCCAUCGAAGAGACCACGACGACGACCCGGGUCAUGGGCGGGAUGACAGGGAGCGCCGUGGCCGUGACAACUCGCGGAGCAGGGAGGGCUGGGGCGACCGCAUCCGGCGCAGCCUCUCCCGCCAUCCAAGAGAUGCGUCGCGCGACAACCGUCGUGAGGACGGCCGUGACGGCCGCCGCGAUGGGGGAGGCCGUCGUCGCUCCGCCGAGCCUUCCGUGCCAGACGGGGUUCUUUUGGGCUCCGGCUCUGCCAGCGUGGAUGCAGUCCGAGCCCGCGAGUCUCUGCCUGUGCAAGCCCCGCCUCUGGCCGCCGGGCGUGGCCGCAGCCCGGCACGUCAGCUCUCGCCACGCUCCGCCCGCCGUCGCUCCCAGGAUGCCCUCACGCCGCCAGCGUCCCCGCCUCUGUCACCAACAACUGUGCUCCCACCAGUGCCGCGCUCCAGGCGAAGCGACGACCGGCCGUCACCACUCUCGCAGGCACCACCGAGCCAGACUCUGCUUCGUCUCUGCUCGCCGGACACACUCCAAGCGCCGCUGCCAUCGCCCACGAAGCCGCCGGGCUUCGAAGCUUCACCGACGCCUCCCCUACUCUCUACAGGGCCGCUGCAGCGCACGCCUGAGCCAGUGAGGCUGCGUAGGGGCGCCGUUGGUGCUGGUGGUGCUGUGAGCCUGCAGUGCCUCGCACCUCUUUUUGCCGAACGCCAAGAGGCCAUCCUGGACUCCCCUGCUACAACCCCUGCUCGGGCACCAACUGCUCGCCGGAAGACGAUGGCCGGGAUCACUAUCUCCAAGACCGGUGGCGGCUUCUCCAUCGCCAAGUCGCGUUCUGCAGCACGCCCCAAGGCAGCUCCAGUUGCAAGGGCUGCGGAGAUUCUCGUCUGCCGGAGCCUUGGCAUUGUCAAGGACGGAGAAGACAUCACGGCAGCCGCGCUGGAGGCCUUCGCGGAGCGCUUCAAAGAGCAACUGUCGCCUGAAGUGAUUGUUGCGAUGCGUGGGCUAUUCAAGCUAGAUGAUGGCAAUGCGAUAGGAGUCGAGGAAGCUCUCAUUGCGCAUGGAGGGGUCGGCUCCCUCGACCUGGAUUCGAACGACGGCGGCGCUGCGACUCUGCAGGCGGCCACCUGA